UCAUCCUCUUCUGCUUUCCUCCCUUUUCUUGAGCUUGUUGGAGGAGAAUGUGCAGAGGGAAGAGAGGAGGAACAAGAAGGGGAGGCCUGUCAGGGAUCAGGACUUGGCUCCAGUGUCUUCUCUGGUCCCUCCAUCCCCUGUUAGGCCAGGGAUAUUAGAACAUGUUUCCUCCCCACAAAAGGAGCCUAUGUGAUACAAUGGAAAGCAUCCUCGUUCUUGUCCUGACUUGACUCCUCUGUUACUGUAUGAUCUGAUCUGGGUCAAGUCUCAGCCUCUGUUUCCCUGUCUGUAAAAAGAGACUAAUGGCCCUUGUACAGUGCUUCCCUGCCAGGGUUCUUGUGAGCUUCCAAGCACUCUAGAAUGGGAACUUUUCUUCCUGAUCUUCCUGCCCCUGUGACUGCUCCUCUUUCCCCCAGAUUGAGUCUAGUGUGAACCUUUCUUCUCUGUCUCCCGUGACUCCAGACUUAAAUGUAGGAAGGGGAAAGAGGCUCUCUUUGGUCUCUCCUUGUCCUGCCAGAUUGGUGUCCUGGGCUGGACACAAAGAGUAGGAGGCUAGGAGAAGGAAGGAAUCCUGGAGGAUGGGGGAAGAUAGAGGACAGAGAAUGAUGGUUUGCCCCCCACCACAGUUCGAGGUUAUGCGUCUAAAUGAACACGAGGAAACGCUACGGGUCUAAGAACACGGAUCAGGGAGUUUACCUGGGGCUCUCAAAGACACAGGUACUGCCCCCUGCAGCGGCUGGCGGCGGCCUCAGCGGCAGCAUCCCCAUCACCACCACCACCUCCCCUUCACCGGGUCCCCCUCCUGACACCAUGUCCUGUAGAGACCGAACUCAGGAGUUCCUGUCUGCCUGCAAGUCCCUCCAGAACCGCCAGAAUGGACUCCAGACAAACAGAACUACAGCCCUGAAUGCUGUCCGGCAGCGCAGUGAAUUCACCCUCAUGGCCAAGCGCAUCGGGAAGGACCUGAGCAACACAUUUGCCAAGCUGGAGAAGCUGACAAUCUUGGCCAAGAGAAAGUCCCUCUUUGAUGAUAAGGCUGUGGAGAUUGAGGAGCUGACUUAUAUCAUCAAACAGGACAUCAACAGUCUCAACAAGCAGAUCGCACAGCUGCAGGAUUUUGUCCGGGCCAAGGGGAGCCAGAGUGGGCGGCACCUGCAGACCCACUCCAACACCAUUGUGGUCUCCUUGCAGUCUAAGCUGGCCUCCAUGUCCAAUGACUUCAAAUCUGUUUUAGAAGUGAGGACAGAGAACCUGAAGCAGCAGAGAAGUCGCCGGGAGCAGUUUUCCCGUCCAUCUGUGGCAGCCCUGCCCCUUGCUCCCAACCACCUGGGAGGCGGGGCCGUGGUGUUGGGAGCUGAGCCGAAGGCCGCAGGUGAUGUGGCCAUUGACAUGAUGGAUGCCCGGACCAGCCAGCAGCUCCAGCUCAUUGACGAGCGGGAUUCCUACAUCCAGAGCAGGGCUGACACCAUGCAGAACAUUGAGUCCACCAUUGUGGAGCUAGGCUCCAUCUUCCAGCAGCUGGCCCACAUGGUCAAGGAACAGGAGGAAACCAUCCAGAGGAUUGAUGAGAAUGUGCUAGGAGCGCAGCUGGAUGUAGAUGCCGCCCAUUCAGAGAUCCUCAAGUAUUUCCAGUCAGUCACUUCCAACCGCUGGCUCAUGGUGAAAAUCUUCCUCAUCCUAAUUGUUUUCUUCAUCAUCUUUGUGGUCUUCCUCGCCUGAGGCCUCCCUGUGUCAAAGCAGCCCACCUGGGAAUCAUUCCUUUCAGGGGCCCCUGCCGCUGAGCCUGUCUUGGGUGGUGGGAGAAGGGCAGGAGGCUGUCCCUGUUUUCCUGGGACUGAGAGAGACGGCCUGUGCCCCGUGACCCCUCCCCAUCUUUGCCCUUCCUCUCCUUCGCCCAAAUUCACGUGGGUUUGGACUGCUGUGAGUGGUGAGAGGGGAGAAGAAGCAGUGCCUGCACAGCUGCAGGAGUUCUGUAUCAACCCCCCCUCCCAGGCCUCUCCCAAAGGCUCCCAUUGCUGAUGUGCACAAGGGGAAAGGAGGGGGAAUGAAUCCCAGGGGCCGCUUGUUCCCCUGGCCUGGACCUUCUCCCCUUCUUCCCCCAGUCUCCACUGGGUGGGGCAGAGGGCCCCAGAACCCUCAGCAUCAGCUCCUAGUGACUGUCAAUUUGCCAAAGGCACUGUCAUCCCCAUGUUGUGGAAUUACAGCAAGACGGUCAGUCCUUUCA